AUGGUUUCUUCUUUUCUUCUUCUAAGCAUCUUUUCUUUCUUUUUUUCUUUUACUUUCUUCUUUUUCUUCUUCUCUUUCUUUCUUUUUUCUUUUUUCUUAAUUUUUCCUUCUCUUUCUUCUUCUCUAAGCAUCUUUUUCUUUUUUCUUUCUUUCUUUUCUCCUUCUUUUUUUUUCUUCUUUAAGCAUCUUUUUCUUUCUUUCUUAAUAAACUUUCCUUCUUUUUUCUUCUUCUCUAUUGUUCUUUUUUCUUUCUUUCUUAAUACUUUCUUCUUUUCUUUUUCUUCUUCUUUCUUUGCAUUGUUUUAUUCCUUCUUUUUUUUCUCUUCUUUUUCUUUCUUAAUUCUUUUAUAUUUCUUCUUUUUUUCUUUAACAUCUUUUUUCUUUCUUUCUUUUUUUCUUUUCUUCUUCUCUAAGCAUCUUUUUUUCUUUUUCUUCUUUCUUUCUUUCUUUUCUUCUUUAAUCUUUUUCUUUCUUAAAACCAUUUUUCCUUUUUUUCUUCUUCUCUUUCUUUCUUUUUCUUUUCAUCUUUUUCUUUCUUUCUUUUUACUUUUUCUUUUUACUUCUCCCUCUUUUUUUCUUUCUUUCUUCUUUCCUUCUUCUUUCUUUUUCUCUAAGCAUCUUUUUUUUCUUUCUUUCUUUCUUUCUUUAAGUCUUCUUUCUUUUUUUUUCUUCUUUUUUUCUCUUGAAGAAUCUUUUUUCUUUCUUUUCUUAAUACUUUUUUCCUUCUUCCUCUUUUUUUCUUUCUUUUUUUCCUUCCUUCUUUUCUUUUCUCUAAGCAUCUUUUUUUUUUUUUUCUUUCUUUUCUCUUUUUCUUCUUCUUUUCUUUCUUUUUCUUUCUUUCUUAAUACUUUCUUCUUUCUUCUUCUUUCUUUAAUCUUUUUUUCUUUCUUUCUUUUUCUUUCCUUCUUCUUUUUCUUCUCUAAGCAUCUUUUUUCUUUCUUUCUUUAA